AUGUCUGAGAUCAAUUUACCAGCCGUUUGGAUUCUUGGUAAGAUGAACAAAAACAAUUAACCUAAUACCCAUACAUAACAUUUAUAAUCAAUAUAAAAAUUGUAAUAAUUAUUAAUUGUUGUGGACAAAUAAUUAGGUGGCCCCGGUAGUGGUAAAGGUACCUUGUGUGACAAAAUCGUAGCCAAAUACGGGUUCACUCACAUUUCAACUGGAGAUUUAUUACGAGAUGAAGUCAACACAGGGUCAGAACGUGGGCUUGAAUUGGUCAAAAUUAUGAAAGAAGGAGCACUAGUUCCUACCGUAAGUUUAUUAGAAUAUAAAUCCAAUUACUACAUGAGUGUUUAAUGUUUAUAGGUACAUACUACCUAUGUGUCUGUUUCAGUGUGUUGUGAUGGAAUUACUCAAUGAGAAAAUUAAAAGUAAAAUUGCAACAUCCAAAGGAUUUUUAAUUGAUGGUUAUCCACGUGAAAAACAGCAAGGAGAAGAAUUUGAAACAGCGGUGAAUUAAAUAUUUUUAUUUUUUAAUGAUCUUUUAAUUUUCUACAUUCUAUCACAUGGCUAACCUGUAACCCUUAAGGUUACAGUUUUUUUUUACAAUUUUAUUUGAUCAUUCGCAAUUUUUAUAUUAACUGCAUAAUAAUUUAUGUAAUAUAUAAUUCUUGAAAGAAAAAAAAAUACUUAUAAAUAGAUAAUAACUAAUAAGCAUUGUAGGCAUUACUCUUUUACUGCAUGUGGUUAUCUAGAUAGCUAUGGAACCUACUAACAAUUUAAUUGUUAAACUUUCUACUUGCAUACCUUAAUUUUAUGUGUAAAACACAAUUUGUCAGUUAAGUUGCAUUUAAACUAAGUAUUUAAUAGUUAAUAAAUAAAGACAAUCAUGCCACAUUGUAACUCUGAACUUGGAAUUAUACAAAAAACCAACAUUAAUUUAAUUUUAAAUUAAAUACUAGCAAAUAGGUAUGUAUGUAUCUAGGCACAGAAACAAUUAAUAAUUUAUUAAUAUCCUUUAGAUACCAAACUAACAUCAUGAUAAAUCUUUAUACAAAUUGUGUAUUAUUGUCAGGUUUGGUUUUUUUUUUUUUGGAAUUAUUUACCAUUUUAUCCCAUUUUCUUAUAAGUAAAGACUUUUAAAUUCUAAGUGAAGUAAGGAAUGUAUUAUUUUUACUAUAGUUUUUUUUUCGUUUAUUUGUAUUACCAUAAAUCUUGUUCCAAUCAAAAACUUUAUAAUAACAUUUUUCUAGCAUUUUUUGAUGUAAUUGAUGCAUUGAGAUGGUCAUUUAUCUGUUAUAUACUAUAUCUUUCUUCCAACUUUUUCCCUAAAACAUUGACACAUCUAUCAGCCACAUAAGAUAUAAUAAAAUAUAUUUUAGCAGUGUCAUGGUCAGUAUCAGCCUUUUUUAAAUUGUCCUUGAUUUAGUAAUAUUUAUAUAAAACAACAGGAUUUAUUUUAAAAUCGAUUUUAAAAUAUAAUUGUGUAUCAGAGAAAAUAUAAUUUUAGUUUUCAAAUAUUUUAGUGUAAUUAUAAAAUAAUAAUUGUUAUAGUCAGGCCCUGAAUUUAUUAUUUUUUUUAUGUAUUUUUCUAGAUUAAACCUGUAGACAUGGUGUUAUACUUAGAGUCUAAAGAUGAGACAAUGGUGCAAAGAUUGUUAAAACGAGCAGAAACCAGUGGACGGUCAGAUGACAACAUGGAAACAAUUCAAAAACGGUUACAGACUUUCCAUGCUAAUAAUGAUCCGAUAAUUGAAGCAUACCAGUCUAAAGUUAUGGUUAUAUCAGCUGAACAGAAUCCAGAAGCAGUUUUUGCAGAAGCAGAAAAACAUUUAGAUGUCUUGGUUGCUAACGAUUGUAUUCGAAAUUAAAAUGAUCACUCUUUUCAGUUAUUAAUACUACAGCCAAUGCUUGCUCAAAGUUCCAUUUAAAAUAAUAUAAAAUUAGUAUUCUUAUCUUAAUAAUAUAGAUUAUGUUCACGUAUUAUAUUAUAUAACUCAAAAUAUUCAAACAACUGUGUUUUGGUUGCUGGCUUGUAUUAAAGUGAUAAUUAUUUUUCAUAAUUUACAUUAAUACUGUAUUAGACAAUAUGGAUGAUAAAUUAAUUAAUUAUUUAUAUAUAUAUACACAAUAUAUCUGUUAAUAAUAAUUAUUAUUAUCUAUUACAACAGUUGUAUUAAAAUUCUCAGAACAGUAUAUUUUUCUUUUACUACACACUAUGAAUGAUGUAUAAUAAGUAAAAUUUGAAAAAUGAAUAAAUAGAAUGAAGAAUAUACCAAAAUUGUAAAAUUGAACAAUAGUAGUUAAGUUAAUCAAUAGUCAUUAAGACGAUCAUCGCAUUGAAUGACGCUUGUAAUAAGAAAAUAAAAUAAAGUUUUUCCACAGAAUAUUUUGACAAAGACCUAUAAAGAUACUAUACAAGAAAUUAUUUAUUUAUUUUAUGUAUCUAUGCUCGUAUAUAACUAAUUAAAAUAAUAUCAUAAAACAUGAGUAUUUUUAAUAACCCACAUUUUUUCUAUCAGUCACCACUGUGGGUUGGCAAACUGUAGUUUAGUAAAUUCACCGAUUAUACAUUCCGAAACUCUUAAUACUUCAUGUUAAAGUGUAAACACAUAGAUAUUUUAAUAUUUAAACAAUGUCUGUGAAGACAGUUCCAUCCAUAGAUCUUAUACUAUUAGUAUAAGGUCUAGGGUUCCAUCGUAGUUAGCUCGUAUACCAUUGAUAAGAAAGUGGUUACUGUCAUGUCCAUUAUGUUACAUUCACCAGAAUAAUACGGAAGUAGUUUAAGAUUUUUUAAUUUCUAUUAAAUAUAUAAUAACCACUGAAAUAUUUUUUUCCAGAUAUUGUUCAAUAUUGAGAUAGGAUAAAUAAUAAAUAUGAUCGUGUUAAUAUUAAUUAUGUAAUAAUAAAAGCUUCCAAGAAAAAUGGGGAUAGACGUAGCUACGGUUUGGAAUGUAAGAUACCUAGAUAAAAUGUAUAUUUGUAAGCAACCAUAAACCAUUGAUAACGAUAAAACGAUUCUGAGCGCUAUUCAGUUGAUAGUGAUGCUUUGUCAACAAUAUAUAUGCUAAAUUAUGGUAAAAUAAUUACAUAAGCAUUCUAUAUUUUUCUUUGUUUAAUCUAUGUUCACUUGAUAGUCUAUUUUUAGUCUGGGAAUUUUAACAUAUACCAACAACCGACAAUUUAUAAUAGGUAUAUAUUAUUUAGUGAUUUCAACAAAACUGUAUGGUAAUAUCAGCUUAUAAUAAGGUUUUCCCGUUAAUAUCUCAGAAACUAUUAAUUGGUAGUAGGUACUUUGAUAGGGAAACUGAAUGGAAGGGAGAUGGAUACUGAUCUACCAUUAUUAUUAUUAUUCAAUUUUGUUUUUUUCAUCGACUCUUAUUCUUGAGUGUUGUUUCAUCGCGUCAUCGCUAUUACUUUUUCAAAUUAUAUAUAAUGGCAGACCACGAUGCAGCAGAUUUUUUAAACGCGUGGAAUUUAGAACAAUACAUUGAAGUUUUUGGUCGUAAGUAUUUCUUUAACUUAGGUACAUAUUAUAUUACCUUUACACGAAACCAUUAUGGUGACCAGUCGCAACUUCCAUUGAACAGUACAUUUUUGUUAAAAAUUAAAUUUUUUUUUUUUUAUAACAGACAUAUUAUUAGGUAUUUUCAAAAUGGGAUUGUUAUAAGUUACAACUUACACCAGAAGGCAGUUUGACUGUUUUUAAUUUGGUGGUUUAAGAAUAGGUAACACUUGAGGUAAUAAUACACACCCACCUAUCACAAAGUCACAUUACCUAAUUAAUACCAUAAUUUUAUUUUUUUAUUACCAAGACUUAACGCUAGCUUAUUUUUACGUAACUUGCUCGAUAAUUUCAAUAAUAUGAUAAAAUAAGGAUAGAACUCUAAAUAACUGGGCAGUCUUUGAGUCAGUAAAGUCAGUGCAUGCCUACUACAAAAUUAACCCCCUCUGACUUACACUAUAGUACCUAGGGAUGGCAAACAUAAUAUCGAUAUUUUUCUUAAAAUGUCAAAAUAUAUAAAAUAUAAUUUAGUUAUCUAUUAAAAAUAAUUGUUUAGGAAUAUAAUACCCAGCGACCAAAAUGUGCACAAUGCUCAUGUCUAUAUGCCUAUAAUAGUUUUAGUUUGUUCACAUGAAAAAAAAUGGUUAAAAUAAUUUAACAAUAGUUUUAAACCAUUGAACCAAAAAAUAAAAUAAAAAAUCUUGAUGAUAUGAUACAAUAAUUUAACAAAAUUGGAUUAUCUAUAAAACUUUAAUUAAUUUUUUUACUUCGACAGAAAACGACAUAGGUAUGAAAACUAUACUAUUGCUGAGGUACAUGAUAUAGUUAAUUACAUAUAUAAUAUAAUUACAUAUAUAAUACAAUAAUUUUCCCAUAUAUCAAUGAUAAUAUGGUUUUCAAAAAAACCUUUGAUAAACGUUUGAUAACUUGUUAAUUCAAUUAUUAAAAAAUUUAUUGAAUGCACUAUGGCUGUCUUUAUGAUUCAUCAUCCAGUUAUAGUGAUGAUUAAUUCAUAUUGAAAGUUUUAAGACGCUUACCUAAACUAAGGGUGUUUCAGAAUAAGUCCGAUCCACUGUCAUAUUUUGAUGAUGUAGACUUUUGUCGUAGAUUCCGGUAAGUAAAAUUAAAAAUUACAUUCAAAAUUCAAAUUUUACUAUUUUGUUAAUGGUUAUCAUCAAUAAGUGUCUAUGAUAACAACUUUCUGAUUUGAACAUCAUGAUAAUAUGGCAGUUGCUGUUGUUAAAAGAUAAUUGACAAUUUUCAUGAAACUCAUUAAGGAUUUAAUAAACUAUUACAAUUUUAACGAGCUAUUAGUUAAUCGUUCGUUUAAUAGUUACGUCAUAAUUUUUUAUGUAACCGAGCAUUAGUGUUAUUAUUAUAAUUAGUUAUCUAACAACCUAUUUAUUUUUUUUGGCAAACUUUCCUUUUAAGAAAUUUAUUUAUCUUUAACUGUGUAGGUACCUUUCUUGUUAAGAAUACUUUUCAAAUGUAGAUAUUUAGAAUAUGUGUUUAAAUACUUCCUUUUAAAUGUAUUUGAAUAUAAAUACAAAUACGUUUUGAAAGUAUUAAAAAUACUUAAACGAAAUAUUUUGUUGUUCAAUAAAUUGUAUAUUGAAAUAUUUAUUUUUAUUAUAUAAUUAACAUUAAUUGCAAAUAGAUAGGUCAUUAUACUUAUUUAUAAAUGUGUGCGUCCUACAAAAAAUUNCAAGACUGGUAAGUAGUAAGUAGUAGGUUCACUUUAUUUAUUAUCUAUACUUAUUAAGUACUGUUUUGCUGCUAGUUGCUACAGUGAAACAUUUUUAUGCAAGUAAAUGUUUUGUUUUAAUUUCAAACUGUAGUUUGUAUUAAUAGUGGUAUUGAACCAACAGUUUUAUAAUAGAAAUUAAUGUACGGGCAAGUUAUAUUUUAUUAUAAUUAGUAGGUGCCUAUUUGAUCCACUAUAAUAAUGUUAUUUUCUUUAAAUAUUAUUUAAUUAUUCUAACAGGUACCUGAAGUGGUUUGAAGUCAUUUUUUUUCUAUUUCAGUAUUUUAUUUGAUUUUAAUUAAAUAUAUGUACCUAUCCUGAUUAUCUACUAUAUUUAUUUUCAAUGAUAUAUUUUUAUAAAUAUAGUUUAUUUUUAAAUUUCAAUCUGAAUCUUCUAGUAAUAGUUCAGAGAUAUUACUGUCCAAUAUAACGCAGAAUAAUUUAAUGUCAUAGUAAAGUCAUAGUUUAUACUUGAUUCUUUAUAAUAAUGUUAUCUUUGUUAAAUUACUUAAUGGUUUCUAUAAUUCAAUGUUUUAUUGGUCAUCCCUGGUAUUAUAUAAAUUGAAUGUAAGAUUAUGAAAUAAACCAAUCCUAAUUUAAUUUAAUUUAUAUAAAUAUGUGUAUCAUAAGCUUACAUGGGAACUUAUACAACUAGGUCAAAGUUGAAUUUACUUAAUCUGGAUAACUUUUUUUCUGAAAAAUUUCUUGAAAAAAUAAAGAUAAUUUAAAAUGUAUUAGAAAUUAUAAUAAUGUAUAAUUAAAUUUUAUGAUUAGUGAUGUAAAUGUAUAUAUUUUAAAACAAAAAAAAAGAAAAACAUUUUUCCAAAUUAAAAUUUAUAAAUUUUUUUUAAACCUGGAGGAACAUCAUAUUUUAGAGUUAAAUCACAUUUUGAAAAAAUUAUUUAACACCCAAAAAUGAUUAAACUAUGUAUUGUAAACAAGAUUGUCUUGUUAUAGAACUGUAGAUAGUAGUCAAUAGAUGAUAGUGAUUAACUUACAAGGAUGACUAAUGCUUACCUUAAAAUGGUUAAAUUGAAAAUUUAAAAACAUAUUUUUAAUGUAUUUAUUCAAAGAAUGAAUAAUUAGACUCAAAAUUUAAAAAUCGAAUGUACUCAUUCCUAUUCUAAACUAUGUAAAUAAUUAUACACUGAUGAUUCAAUUGUAAAUGCUACAACUUCCCUUUUUAAAUUGUUAUACAUAGGUUAUCUGUGUUUAAAAAAUUUAAUCAUUACAUCAACUAAUUUAUUGAAAGAUACCCAAAUAGUGGAAAAGAGUAUGACUCUGUUUAGGGGUGAAAAUAACUGCAAGAAUAGUAAUUAUUAGCAUAUUUUUUAAAUUAAUAAAUAUAAUUCUAUAAAAUUUGGUACAUUUUUAAAAUGAAUAACUUGGAUAUGUUAUUUUCUAUAAGAAAAUAAUGGUAAAAUAUUAUAAUAAUUCAGUGUAGAACGUUUAAAAAAAAAUUAUUUACACUUUUAUUCAAGACUUUCUUACUCUAUAAGUCAAUGUAGGUAGAUGUCCUUCUACAAUACUUUCUUUUACAGAUUCAUUAUUUUCAAAUGGUUGAUGCAUUGUGGUCAGUUCAUAAAUAAACAUUACAAAUGAAAAACGGUAAACUUUUUCAGUAUACUCAUCUUCUCCAUUGUAUUUUCUGUACCUCCAAAUCCUUUAGUGCCAGAUGGUAUAGACAGGCGCCUAAUUCCUGUAAAACAAUUUUUGAAGAAAACAAAAUAACCAUGAUAAUAUGUUUAUAUUGUAUAGUAUAAAAAUGUAUCAUAAUCUUAAAUGGCAUGACCACAUUAAAUAGAUAAAACCAAGAAAAAUAAUCUAUGCUUUCAAAAAUUUAGCUUAUUUUAUUUUAUUAAAAUAAUGUGCCAUCAUAACAACCAUUAAACAUGGUCUUGGAGAACAUGUAAAUAUUCAGGGUGGUCUUUGUCAUUUGAUGCAAGCAACAUACCACAAAUUUCAAGAAUUCGGGUUGCAAUUUAUGAAUAGGGAAAAUGAAGAAUUUACUGAAUUUUGUGGAAAAAUUGAAGGCCUUGCAUUUUUACCAGUUGAAAAUGUAAAGGAAAGUAUGGCAUAUUUACGUACAAUUAUAUCUUCUGAUGCUGAACAAUUACAAGAUUAUUUCGAUAAAACCUAUGUCAACGGCACAUAUAGAUGAAUACAAUUUAAGCACGUCCUUUAUGCAGCUUUUCGAAAUAAUCCACCUUUAUUCUCAUUAAAAUUAUGGAAAUUCUAUGCUGUAACUAUUGAGGACGAAAUUCGAACUAACAAUAGCACCAAGGGUUGGAAUCAUCACUUUAGUAAACUUAUUAAACAAAAUCAUCCAACAGUUGAAACAAUGAAAACCAAAUAG